AUGCCUAAACUCGGGUACUACACACCGUGGUAUAUUUUUGGCUCGGCUGCCACUCUUGCUGGUUCGUCUCUUAUGUUCCUAAUUGAUUCCAAAACAUCAAACGGUGCCAUCUACAGCUUCACAGCACUCAUUGGCAUGGGCGUUGGAUCGAUAUUGACAGCCAGUGUUGCGGUAGCACAAGCUCUCGUUGACACUUCGGAUGCCGGCAACGCAGUUGGGGCGAUGGUAGGAGCACAAAACAUUGGAGCGAUCACCUUUCUUGGAAUUUCAGGGACUCUCUACAACAACAUCGGUGCGGAAAAACUUGGCCAAAUCCUGCCUGAUCGCUCGCGCCCGGAACUAUUGCAGUUGAUCACGGGCACGCACAGCGCUUCUUUCCAAAGUCUCAGUCAGACAGUUCAACAAUCAGUCAUUGAUCAAGUAACAUUGGCGAUCAGCAACGUAUUUGCGAUAAUACUUGCCGGUUCUGCUCUGGCGUUUAUCAGUUCCCUUUUUCUUGGGCGUCACAAACUCUACUAA